AUGUCUGAAGGAGAACCACUGCAUGAUCCUACAUUUUAUAGAAGUAUUGUUGGUGCCUUACAAUACUUAACUUUCAUAAGACCUGACUUAUCCUAUGCUGUCAAUACUGUGUGUCAGUGUAUGACUGCUCCCACUGAGAUACAUUUCAACCUGGUCAAAAGAAUUUUGAGAUACAUUCAAGGUACCAUGAAUUAUGGAAUUCACUUUAUUCAUGGUCCUUGGAAAUUACAAGCUUAUAGUGAUGUUAACUGGGCGGGGGAUUUAAAUGCUAGGAGGUCAACUACAGGUUUUGUGGUAUUGCUUGGACAUAAUCCUAUCUCAUGGCAGUCUAAGAAGCAAGGGUCUGCAUCCAGAAAUUCUACAGAGGCCGAGUAUAGGGCUUUGGCUAGUACAGCUGCAGAUUUGGGUUGGAUUCGAAAGGUUUUGCUAGACUUGAAAGUGUGCUUGCCUCUACCUCCUACCAUCUUUUGUGAUAAUCUAUCUGCUUUGGCACUUAGUAGUAAUCCUGUGUUUCAUUCACGAAUUAAACACUUGGAUACAGAUUUUCACUUUGUUCGUGAAAGGGUUCAAAGGAAUGAUCUGAUUGUUUAG